GAUUUAAAAUUUUAUUCACUAAAUUCUUUAUUUAAUAUAAUCUUAGGCGUAUAAUCGGUACAAUAUUUUGUCCAAUUUGAUGAGGGUUAAAUCAAAAACUUAGAAUGACUAAAUAAAUUUCUGAAUUUUAAAUUUUUAAAUGUAUUACUGUUCCUUUACUUGGGAACUGUAUAAGACCGAUCAGACCUAAUUUUCUAAUUUUUAACUAUUUUUGGUUAACCUAUUUACUCAUUUCGUUUCUAUGCACCCCCAUUGACGUAAUUAUUAUUUACUUCAGAAGUUCUCAAUGACGUGUAAUCAUAGCACAAUUAUAUAUAUAUAUAAUGGAAGAAAUAAUCAAAUUAAGUAGUAAACAAGACGUAUUAUAUUUAGAAAACACGAUCAUGAUGAUUUCAUAAUAGGCAUUACAUAUUUGGAAUGAUGCAAACAUAAUUUUAUGUAAAUAAAUUUAAUUUAUUUUAUUAAUACAAAGGCUUAAUAAAGACGCUGAGGUUCUUACAAAAAUAAAUUUCAUGAAUUUUAAUGAUUAGUUAGAACAUAAAAAGUUAACUAUUAGUGUUGAAUGAGUUUUGAUGUUUUAAGAACUUGUAGAAGUAGUCUAUUAAUUCAGGGGGAAAAUAAACGCCGAAUUUAUGUUUUCCAGCGACGUUUUGAGAAAUUUAUUGUCACAUUUAAUCUUUCGUCUCGUGUUUUUGUUUCAAUACAUAUUAGGAAAUUUAAUUUUCAUAAUUUAUUCAAACUAAAAUUAAGUAAUUAACACUUUCGCGCCUAAGAGGAAGUUAUAUUAUAUUCGUGAUAUUUAUUCUAUUAAUAUUUUUAGAAAGCUUUAAGCUUUCUAUGAUUAAUUAGAAAAUUUUUCCAUGAAAGGGUUGAGAAUUAAAAUAAAAUAAAAAGCCGUAAAAAUAAUGAAGAAUGAGCAAGAACUUUAUAAUUUUAUCACAGCACUAAAUUUCAAUUUAAUGAUUUAAAACUUAGAGAUUGUAAUUAAGUCGAAACAUCGCUGGAUAGCAUCAAAGCAGCGUCUUCUUUCUUUCACGAUUGCUAUUUUGUCGCAAUUCCAAGGUCAACGACCUGAGUAUUUUACAUGCUUUUUAAGCUUUUUGAUAGCUUUCUUCAGUCUUGAGAUUAUUUGUAAAAAAAAUUGUAGGUGAAUUUGAAAUUUCCUGCCGAAUUUACUCAUUUCCCUCGCUUAAUCGUUAUCUUAUGUAAUGUAGCAUUAGAAAAAUUGUUUGUAAAUUUCAUCAUUCACUUUCCUCUCCAUUCAUCUUCUUUUCAGCAUAAUGAUAAUGAUUGGAAAUAAUAAAUUGUAAGCAAAAUAGGGAAAAUAUCGUCUCUUCGCGUCUACAGCAUAUUUCGUCAUUAUUUCAUUUUUUUUUGCACUUUAUGGGUUUCGCAUUAUUUGCAUUUCUGCCGAUGCAGUCAAUGUAAUCAAUAUAUACGUGUCUCUCCAGCUGCAUACCAGCUAUCAAUUGAUCUAUGAAGUAUUUAGGAGGGCGCCUAAUGGGGAGAACGUCUCAAUUUCACAUGGGAGUGUGCAAACGAGGCAAAAAUUUGAUCCCUUCGACGUGCUCAAAGACAAUAUUGUUGGUGUUGCAGUGAUUAUUAAGUGGUGCAUAUUUUUUUUACAACUUGAGGUGCGAUUUAGUUUCUUCGUGGAGUGUUGGUUCAGUGCUGAGUAGCUUUUUCUGCGGGUCGGGUGCUUCAGUGCGAACGCCACAAGUAUUGUCUCCUCCAAAAAUAAUCCCCCGCGCAAACAAGAGCAGAGUAGAAGGAAUUUCGAGUGAUUUACAAGGUGUUGGGAGUUUAUGAUGAGGUGUGGUAUUGCCACUAAGAUUAGGGAAAUUUUUAUUUAACACGAAACAUUGUGAAAGAUGGACGAGGAGGUGGAAAUUAAGAAAGUCGUAGAUGAGAGUUUAAAAAAUGUCUCAUCGGAGGAACCUGCCGGGCAGGCAAAGAUGAGGAACCCCUUCAAGUCUCUGAGGUUGAAGAAGAAGAAAGCCACGGUGGAAGAAGCAACUGCUGCGGGAAGUACAUCCACGGAAAAAAUUCCUAAAGCCAAAAAGGCAAAGAAUGAAAAAAUUUCCCGGAACUUUACAAUACGCGGAAGUUUGGGGAGGAAGCGCAAAGUAGCCGAUAGGAAGGUUGAGAUUCCCCCGGUGACUCCUGAGGGUCUCGAGAGGCAAACACCCGAAGGGGGAAGCCCAUUGAGUGUGUCUGAUGCAACGCUCUCGGAGAUUGAGCCAAAGAAAGCCCCACCAGGGUCUCCCAAUACGGCUUCCGCGAAGCAAAGCGAACGGAUUGUGUUACCAUCCGAGCCGAGUCACAGCCACGAAGGUGAGAAACCCCACAGAGUGGAAACAGUCGCAGAUCGUGUUUCUGCCUUUCAACAGCUCACCACCAAGAAAUCCUCACACUCAACUAUUCGAUCGAAAAUCACGAGGAAGUUCCACGCCACGGAAGCCACGGCUGAGAAUCUCAAGGAGAAAUCCCAAAAGUCUUUUAUGCAGCAAGAGACGGAAGUAUCGUCAAAGGAGGCGGAAGGAGCUGAGCAGGGAGGUGGUGUGAAUUUUUCCAUUGGAACUGCCGUACGGCAUCCACCCGGUCUCAGUCUUUUGCGGCACAUUACAUCCCUCGAAAGUGACAGUGAAGAAGCAUCAGGAAGUAACUUCCUUGAGGAACCUCAUAAAUCUCACAGCCCAUCCGAGAGAUCACUCCGCAGAAUUGCCUACGUAGCUGGGGCAUCCUCAAGUGGAUCCCAAGAGGAUACAGCAAAUAACGAGGAAACACUCGAAAUUGGGUUGAAGGAUAAAGAAAACCUUCCUGAAUCCGAUCUAGCUGAAGAUUGUGAAAAAAUGCCCGCUCACGGUGAUUUAAUUGCUGACAAUGUGGGGGCAAAUAUGACGCCAAGUGGUCAAACAAGUGGCGGAAAGAAGGAGCAUCUGUACAAAAUUCUUGUAAUUGGUGAACUCGGGACGGGAAAGACGUCCUUUAUUAAGCGCUACGUUCAUCAAUUCUUCAGUAACAACUACAGAGCAACAAUUGGGGUGGAUUUUGCCCUUAAAGUCAUACCAUGGGAUGAAAAUACAAUUGUCCGCCUACAGCUUUGGGACAUUGCGGGCCAAGAACGCUUUGGGAACAUGACGAGGGUCUACUACAAAGAGGCUGUGGGAGCUUUUAUUGUGUUUGAUGUCACGAGAUCUGCUACAUUUGAUGCUGUGGCAAAGUGGAAGCAGGAUUUGGAUGCAAAGGUACAACUACCAGAUGGAAGCAAUAUCCCAUGCGUUUUGCUGGCGAAUAAAUGUGAUCAGGAGAAGCAAGGCUUUGUGUGCAAUUCAGCAAAAAUGGAUGAAUAUGUGCGUGAAAAUAAAUUCACAGCGUGGUACGAGACGUCUGCCAAGGAGAAUGUUAACAUUGAGGAGUCAGCGAAAGCCUUAGUGACGAAAAUCUUAAUCAAUGAUAAGACAAUUGUUGCCGAUCCCGGGGACGAUGAUAAAGUCAUGCUCACAAAUUCGACCCACUCAACGUCCAAAUCGUGUGCCUGCUGACAACUUUUCCAUAUUUUUUGCCAUCUUUUGCCAUUUUGAGAACGUCCAUAUUGUGAGAGAGAGAUUUAAAAAGGAGAGGAAGAGUGUUUUUUAUCGUCGCAAGAAGAAAAAUUAUUCCCUGUAUUUGAGAGAUUGUCUAUAUUGAACAAAAUGUUUGUAUACCAGAAUAAGUACAAAAUUAUACAGAGAGAAGGGAGACACCACACGCUCGAUGACGUCCAUUCAAUUGAUAAAAAAACACAUUUUUGGCCAGGAAGUUGAUUCGAAGAAUAGGUGGAUGUGCGUUGUAGGAAAAAAAAAACUCUGCCACCCUUCGGACACUUUUGUGAUUAAAUAGCUUGAAUUAUAUAUUAACUACCUAUCACUCUUACAAUGUAAUAUUCUUUAAUCUUUAUCAUUUUUUUAAUUAAUCACUUUUAGGAGCUUUUUUCAAACGUCUCUAAAUCUAUCCACGUAAUUAAAGUUUUUAAUAAAAUUCUGUAUAAAACAUAUUUCCCAUCCGUUUGGCAACUAUCAUCCACUGUGAGUGAGAUAAAAGAAGGAACCUUUUUAUAACAAGAAAAAUGAUUAUUUUAAUUAUAGCUUUUCACACAAAAA